AGACAAACAACAGAAAACAAAAGGCACGAGGCUUGAAAACUGUUACUGUCAGGGAAAUGCAUUUCUAAACAGACCUUUGCUACUGGAAAGCGACAUGACCCUCAACGUUAUCAGAUAGCUACCAAAAGUAUAGUUAAACUAACAGUUUAAUCAGUCGAGGCAUUGUUCAAAGGUUGAUAGUUCGUUGCAAAGGAUGCCAGGAUAAUAACAACAACUGCUGAAUAACUGUAUCAACCUUCUGAGUGUGGAUGUCAUAUCGCACAGCGCUCUCGCGCGCGUCCGAUGUAUUUUUAACCCUCUGUUUCUGCAUUACCGGAGUCCCGUCCACCCACGUGCUUCAAAACGCGGAGACGGAGGCAGCAAAAACGCACUUUCUGCGGCUCCGAGCGCAGCGACAGGGGGCGUCCGACGCGUUGCCGAGGCGCAGGCGGUGGGUGCAGUCGGGGCCGCUGUAGGGAGGGAGGGAAGAGAGGAAAGGGAGGGCGAGAGGAGAAGGAGGGAUGGAGAUGGAUGAUAGAUGCUUGUGAAGCGCGUUCGCCGUUAUGCUCGGCCGCAGACAAACUUGCAUCCUCCCGUGACUUUCCUUCCCAUGCCGCUCCACCCAUGAAGCGGGACGCAGGGCGAAUGCGUGCCAGUGUUCCGGAGCGCGUCGUGAUCGCUUGUUUAUCCGUCUGAUAAAUGGUUUUGGAGCUCGUCGCGCCCGCCAGUGCAGGCCCUGCGCUCCAGCGCUGCAUCCCGCACAUCCAGCGGGUUUUCCGGGUCAGAGUGAGCUGCAGCACCGCCGAGUCCAGCUGCGAGAGCCCCAACGCCGGCUCCUGUAUCAUCGUAAACAUCGAGGACGGCAAGGAAGAAGACUGCACUAAAGCUAAAGAGUACAUUGUGUCACUGAUCAGUCCAGUGCAUAAGCACCGUGAGCGUUUGACUCUUUGGCUGCAGCGGCGACUGCAUGCCCUGCGUGCAGCUAUUGAGUACGAGAGCUGUGCCGUGGUGCAGGUGAGGGACCAUGCACUGGAGCUUCAGGGAGGUCAUGCACAGGUAACAGCUGCAUGCGCCAUGCUGCAGCGCCUGAAGAUGGAGCACCGCGGCUGCCGAGAACCCCAGGCCUUGCCCGCUGCCACCGGCCAUGACUCUCCAGAAGAAGAGGAUGAGGAGGAUGAUGAAGAAGCCAGGGAAGAUGGGAGCAGUUCUGAGAGUGAUGGUGAGGCACGGUCACGGAGCAGGAGUUCUGGAGGCGUUGUCAGCACGGCGGGGUCAGAAGAAGGAUUGACCGGAAAGAGGCAGGACCAACUCACAGCAACCAAACCUCACCGGCAGCUGUGUCGCUCAUCCUGUUUGGACCGUCCCAGCUUCAGCCAGAGCAGCAUCUUACAGGAGUUGCGCGCAGAUGACACCCAGAGAGCCCAAAUGCCCUUGCGUCAAACCAGCGAUCGAGAUUACCAAACCAAAAUGGACUUUGCUCUAAAACUGGGCUACUCCGGAGAGCAGGUGGAGUCUGUGCUGAGUAAACUGGGGUCCAGUGCACUAAUCAAUGAUGUAUUGGCCGAGCUGGUACGCUUAGGGAAUAAAGGAGAUCCAGAGAGCCAGACAGCAGCGGGCACUGCAGGUUUAACACCACGGGCGAUGGGUGCCAAAGAAACCGUCAGCCAUGAAACAUCGCUGGAGGAAGACGCAUCAGACACGUAUGACAACCUCAGACCAAUUGUGAUUGAUGGAUCCAAUGUUGCCAUGAGCCAUGGAAACAAAGAUGUGUUCUCAUGCCUGGGCAUUCAGCUGGCUGUUGAUUGGUUCCUGGAGAAAGGCCACAAAGACAUCACAGUUUUCGUCCCAGCAUGGAGGAAAGAGCAGUCAAGACCUGAUGCGCCAAUCAAAGAUCAGGAGAUCCUACGGAAAUUAGAGAAGGAAAAGAUCCUCGUCUUCACGCCGUCUCGCAGAGUCCAAGGACGACGAGUGGUUUGCUACGACGACCGUUUUAUCGUCAAGCUGGCCUGCGACUCAGACGGGAUCAUCGUGUCCAACGACAACUACCGAGACUUGCAGAAUGAGAAACCAGAGUGGAAGAAAUUUAUUGAGGAACGACUCCUCAUGUACAGCUUCGUCAACGACAAGUUUAUGCCUCCUGAUGAUCCUUUAGGCAGACAUGGACCUAGUCUUGAAAAUUUUCUCCGCAAACGACCAGUGGUUCCAGAGCACAAGAAGCAGCCGUGUCCUUAUGGUAAGAAGUGCACGUACGGCCAUAAAUGCAAGUACUACCACCCAGAAAGAGCCAACCAACCACUGCGGGCUGUUGCUGACGAGCUCAGAGCCUUUGCCAAACUCUCCGCUGUAAAAACAAUGAGUGAGGGGGCACUUGCCAAAUGUGGGAUCUCUGGUUCUGCUAACAAGGGGGACAGUAGCUCCGAGGCAAAGCGAGUGGCACCCAAGCGCCAGUCUGACCCUAGUAUCCGGUCGGUUGCAUGUGAGCAAGAAGAGAGACUCUGUCCAGCGCGGAAGGCAGAGGCCAAUUCUGUACCAUCGUUAGUUUCGGCACUUAGCGUUCCAACUAUGCCACUGACGAAAAGUCAUGCGGCAGGCGCCCUGAACACACGCUCGGCGAGCAGCCCUGUUCCAGGGUCUCUGCACUUUACCCACAGCUCGCUCGAGCAUGCGGGCAGCAUUCAAUAUCCCCCCAUCCUAGUCACCAAUAGUCAGGGCGCCUCCGUGGCUUAUGGUGAGCCGUUCCCCAAGUACGACUCUGUGGUAAGCGACCAUGGCUACUAUUCCAUGCUCAGUGACUUCUCCACCAUCAGCCUCCAAGACAGUUUCUGCAGUCUUGAACAGCCAGAGCCUGUAGGGGUGGGUGGAGGAUAUCCUGGUAGAGCCAGCAUGUGCCCUGAGCCCGGCCGAAGUCAUUCGUCAGACUCCUAUUCGUCCUACAGUGGAGAGAUGUACCUCAACUCAUUGGAGGGCAGCCUGGAUGACAGCAUGAAAGGGCCACCGUCUCAGACCCAGACUCAACCUUCGGCGCAAACACGCCUUCAAGCCUUUGCACACGGUUUCCACCAUGAGGCCUUGACUCGUGUGCAGAGCUACGGAACAGAUGAACCCAAACCGGGACCUCGAAAGCAGCCCUCCGCCCACCUUGCACCACACUCCCAACACUCGGUCAUUGGUGCCCGAUCCAGCUGCCCAGGAGACUACCCUCCUGUGUCCCAGAACAUGUUGCCUUCCGCCAGCCCUUCCCAGCAGGGUCGGUCCUUAGGCAUGACUCGAAUGGACAGCAUAUCUGACUCACGGCUCUACGAGAGCAAUCCGCUGCGCCAGCGGAGACCUCCUCUUUGUCGAGAGCAGCAUGCCAGCUGGGACCCUUUGCCGUGUGGUAACGAGCCCUACAGUUACGGAAGCUACGGAUUAACGGGAGGCCUCAUGCCUUGCUAUGAAAGGGUGAUGGUCCGCAGCAUGCCCGAGAAGAUGGAGCAGAUUUGGAGGUCCCCGUGGGAUAGUGUGCCGCCUCCACCGUUCAGUGCUCGUGGGCCAGCGGAGGAACCCCAAGAGCGGCACCCUAUUCCAGAACACCAGUAUCAAACCUACCGAAACCUCUGUAACAUCUUCCCGGCAUAUGUGGUCCAUUUGGUCAUGGAGGAGAACCCUCACAUGACCGAUCCCCAGCAGCUGGCUGCCGUCAUCGUCACUAAACUGCGCACUUGCCACUAAGUACAUCACGAAAGGCUAAUAACAACACCUAGUGAAUGAGAAAACGGGGACCUUGAGAAUUGCAUAUUUUUGAUAACAGCGAGCCUUUGUGUGUAAUUAUGAUUGGAUCCAUUAAGCGGUUAGCUAGCAUGAUAGCAUUGAUGCUGCAUUGGUUGUUAUGUAAUCUGUUAAGUCAUAUGGAAGCCUGGAUCUUGUACCUGAUAAGUUUAGCAUAGAAACCCGAGAUCCCUCGUAAAAAAGUCCACCGUUUAGCUCUUGAGAUGGGCCAAAAGGUUGUUCAUAAACCCGACUCAAAAGUGUAUCCACAUUGAGCGAACAACUGCCUGCCAGUUUGAUGGCAUAUCUUGAGAAUGUCUUCUUUCGUUGGUGAUGAUAACAUUUAUCCUUUGAAAAAGAGUUACAUGAGAGAAAUCUCUUUGGUAAAACUGAUCAGAAAUGAUCCUGCACAAUAUGAAUAGUAUUGUGUAUGUAUAUGUGUAUUCACUUGCAAUUGUGUGUAAAUAUGACGUGACACCGUGGUGUGGUUUUUUUGGUGUGCGUGAUGACUUGAUGUGUGAUUUCAGAAAGAGGAAUGAACGCUUGCGUACCUCAAAGCAUGACCUUUGAACUUUUAUGGCCUUACAUUGGAGUGACCUCACCACACCUUAAUGUGAAUAGUAUUUAAUAGCUGAUGAGGCUACUGUUUUGCAUUUAUUUUAUAAAAGCGAGCACUGGGACAGAAAGGUUAAGAUUAUGCCGUGCUGCGGUUCAGACUUUUUAACUGGCUGGGCUGUAACUUCAUUCCUGCCCUGCGACGUCUGUUCACGCGCACAUUCAGAUGCAUAUUUACGAAGCCAUUUUCAAAGAUUGAGCCAAAAAGAUAAUCGGUGUACGUUUUUCUGAUCUGAAAGCACUAGGUAUGUCUAGUUGGAGAAGUUAUUCUUAAGUAUUUCCUAAAUGUUGUUGUUGCAUUGUAGAUUUCAAGAGAGAUGUUUGAGUAAGCACAGGCUUCAGUGAAUCUCUCCCAGACAGCAUGUUAGCACUAUGCUCAACAGAGAGCGUCGCUCACAUUUGGCUAGUUAGUCAAUCGCUACGUUCAAGUAUUCACAAACUGGGGAGGAGAAUGCGUCUCUUCGGCAAAAUGCUCCUGUGCAGCAUCUGUUUCCUGAUUGAUGCCGAGAGACCGCCCCGCUCCAUCUGCUCCGCCCUGUAAAUUAACAUAUCUUCAGGAGAGUGUGAAUGUUAUUGGUCCAGAGAUACUCUGGGUGUUUUCAAAAAGAGUUAAAUUGCUCCUUCAUUUUUUUUUUCAUGAGCAUAGAUGUGGCCCUGUGGGGCCCCAUUACUGCUCGUGGGAAGGAGUGACACACUGCCUACCUGUCUCUUUCUGUGCGACACACACACGGAACACCAGGCUGUUGUUGGGUUGUUUCUGACAUUUGGCUGAUGGUUUGCUUGCUGCCUCUCUACCGCCCCCGACCUUACUUCGACAUGGACACAAAACCCAACCUUUCAGCUCUCUAUUAUGAACACAGAUGGUUCUCCUUUCCCAUUAGUUUUGUUUAUCAACAGGGUUCUUCCAGGAGGCUAUGAAUAAUUGUUUUCUUUUUACAAUCGUGUUCGAGUUUUUAUUAUUUUUUUAUAAUAAUUAACACAUUUUAGGCCAAAAACAUCUUAAUGCAAGUAAAUAACUGUAGUCACUAAUGCUUGAUCGGUAAAAUCUAGACAAAUUUUGGCUUACGUAAACAAUUAUUUUUAAUUUGUUUUUGGCUAAUAGCACCACAGGAAUGUUCACCUUCUUAAAUCCUUCUUUAGUUUCAUCCUCAGUGAUGAUAAAAUAAUACAUUUCACACUUUUAUCUGGAACUGUCAAGAAUCUACUAUAAAAACUAUAUAUUUUUUUAACUUUCUUUUUAUUUUUUAUUUUAUGCACUAAUAAUUGUGCAUUUAGUACUUCCUGCUAUAAUACCGGUUGUGGCAGAAUAACAGUUCUGUUAUGUUAUGAAUUGUGGCUCAUUUUGCAAUGCAGUGAUAUGAAAUUCUGCUAGAAGUGUCAAGAUGUGGUCACAUUUAAUGCUGUUUGGCUAAUUUUUUGUGGGUGAAAUGCAGUCAUUUUAAUAGGAAUCCAAAGGAUUGGGAAUUUAUGCAAGGCAAUAAACUUCCCCAUACAAAUGUUGCAGUGAGUUCAAGAAGUUGGUCACACACAUUGACAGUGGACAGUUUUGCCCACAAACUUUCACUAAAGUGACCACACUUUUAGCAUCAUUGAUGUACUCACACAGUAUAUGUUUCAGGCCUAAAUGUGUAGUUUUGUUUGUGAUGGAUGUGUUUUUACGGCUGGGUUUCUCCUUUCCCCCUUCUCCUCUGAACCUAGGAGCAAACCAUCCUGAAGGAGGUGUUUCUAGAGCAAUCUCGAAACUAAUUUCUUGUAAAUUACGACAUUGCUGUCCGCUGCUUAUGCUCCGAGGUUCAGACCCCUGUGCAGUCUAGCAGCAAGCUACCACACGACAAAUGUCCAGAAACGACCUUUUGCUUGUUGAUACAAAUUGUAUCUAUUUCUUGAUUGUAAAAAAAUAUAUAUAUUUCUGAGCUGUACAGUAUCACUUAUAUGAGUAUAUAUAUAUCUAUAUAUAUUUAAAAAAAGCGUAGUUUUGUUUAAAAAAAAAAAAAGAUAAAGAAAUAUAAUGCCAUAAUGUCAGUGAUACCGUGUGUCACUCGAGUAGCCCAUAGAGAUGGCUUAUUUCCUGCCGGGCAGACCACUACAGACAGGGAUCUCUCUCUCUCUCUCUCUCUCUCUCUCUCUCUCUUUUAUUUCUUUCUCUGUCCUCUCAUACCUCUUUCACUUCACCAUGCCUCGAAAUUUGUUCUUUGCUGAUUAUUUUGGAAAGUGAAAGUUUACCUCAGCAGAGCUGAACUUAAUUACUGUUUGACUGAAGGAUUCGUAAGACGUGGCUUUAUAUAUCAUCAUUCAGUCUAGAGAGACACAUUCUGACACAAUCUGUGUGCUCCUAAUAUAUUUCUUCUAUGUAAAUAUUGUAUUUGUAUUUGCACAGUAUUAGUGCAUUUCACGUACAUAAAGACCCUCUACCAGCUUAUCCGAGAAGGAUCUCUCUCAUACACACACUUAAGACUCAGUCAGCUGAUCACAUGCUAUCAUUAGUACUGAUAAGACUAAUAAAAAAUGUUGAAUAUUGUGUGCGCUUGAGUGAAUUUAUGAUCAAUUCACAGCUGUUUCACCUGUAACAUAGUUUACCUUUUUGCAGUAAAGACAAGGAGGCACAUUCCAGGUUGAAGAUGAGACUUUAAUUUAUUGGAAUUUGCACAAAGGUAUUUUUUUAGCAACUAGGUGAGUUUGAGCAGCUGAAGUUGACUCUCUCAUGAGUGAAAUGUGAGCUUUAUCUGAGUGUCGUACUGAAAGAUGUCCACACAAAAACAUGAUUACGCACGUCGUAACCUGCCUUACAGUUUAACUAACAUUACUUCUUGCUUGGGGAUUUUUCUUUUCUCACAUGUGGAAGUGCUAAUGAGAAGAUGAAGUUUGUCAGUUCCAGCUCUUUAUCUCUAUUGGUGUCUAAAUGGACAACCUGGUUUAACUGCACGAACUGCCGGUUUUUCUGAUAAUGUUCGACUAGAAAAUCCAAGAGAAAUCUACAGGACAACAGGACAUGCCCAAAGGAGGGGGAAAAAGUCAAGAAAAACACGCAAACGGGCAUUUCAGACUGUCAGAAGAGAUGUUUCUCCCAUGGCCGGCUGCAGAGCUGAUGUAAUCUGUAUAUUUACAUGUAUGUUUUCAAUAAUGAAUACACCAGCUAUAACUCACUCACACAAACAGAUUGAUUCUCAGGAACUAACAGAUGUAUUAUUAUUUCAGCUCUUUUAUGAAAGACAUUAUCUUUGAUGUUUGCUCUUAUAAUAAAACUGCAGCGAUUUGUGAAGUAGUGUGGAUGGAUGAUCUUGAAAAUGUGUUCUUAAAUUCGAGUUUUGCCAUUCAUUUAACAUUUCACCCUUGUAUUAUGUUUUUUAGUUUUUUUUUGCACCUUUGCAGGUUGACUGAAUGAUCUUAACACUUUUGAGUCUCGUGCUGUGAUUAUAACAACAUACAAUGGUAUGUUUUACUCUCUAGUGAAUGAAACAUGUUGCUUUUGAACUCGUUUUCAAUGUGACAAAAACACAAACCAAAAAAAAAGAAACAAAAAAGAAAGUGAAAGGGUGGAAAAACUUUUUAACGCUUUGGGUCUGUGGACUCAAACAAAAUGUAAGUCUCAAUGACAAAAGGUGUUUGUUCCUCUCAAUAAAGCCAGACUCUAUUUGGUUAA